GCGAGCGCUUGAGCGACGCAUAGGCUUUACCAAGCCGAGAGAGUACAGUGCCCGUAGGAGGCACAUCUUCUGCCGUUUAGGAAGUUCCUAGGAAGCCGACGUGCCUCCGUGCGCCUAUGAGUGUCACCGAACGACAUGGCUCGGGGGAGCGACACGCUUGCACUCGCAAACUCAAUUGAGCUGUCUAGCUUGUAGCAGCGAAAUCAGUCCCGUCACCACAACACCACUCCAUUCGGCUCUAGUAAAGAAAAGCUUUACUGUUCGCGGAUUCCACCAUGAAACCUGAAAACGGUUAUUCCUUCAACACACAGGAGGAGGAGGCAUUGAAGCAAUUCCUGUCCCGAUGUCCAUCGAUAUCGAAGUCGAGCGCUGUGAAGUUCCUGUGCGCUCGGAAAUUCAACGUGGAGCGAGCCGUCGACCUCCUGCGAAACCAUGAAUCAGUGCGCCACCGCGAGGGACUCACCAAUUUUCAACCCACGCUCAGUCCUCUCCGCGAAGAACUUGAAACGGCUAAAUUCACCGUUCUACCUUGGAGAGACUCGCAGGGAGCUGCAAUCACCAUGUUCACCGCCAGUAGACACAGUCCAUCAACAUCGUCUCAUAGGACAACUCUUCAAGGUGUGGUUUACCAACUUGACGUAGCCCUUGAGAAUCCCUUGACGCAACGGGACGGCAUUGUCUUCGUUUACAACAUGUCCGCUUCAAGGUACGAGCAUUUUGAUUAUGAACUGUGUCAAAAAAUUCUGCAGUUGCUGAAGGGCGCCUACCCCGCGCGACUGAAGAAGGUGCUCAUAGUGAGUGCGCCUCUGUGGUUCAGAGCGCCCUUCAAGAUUCUUCGACUAUUUGUUCGCGAGAAACUCAGAGACAGGGUUAUGAUAGUGAGUCAAGCACAGUUAGUGGCGCACAUACCCCCAUCUUCACUACCGGUAGAGUUGGGAGGUACACAGACGGAUCACGACCAUCACGCGUGGUUGUUGCACUGCCUCAAAGUGCACAAUCAAAAUUUCCUAAAUCAAACCGGUCUCGACGACCACAUCGCCACCGAGAAGCUCAUCGAGCUCGACGAAGAAUCAGACGAUCUCUGCAGCCGAGAAAACAACGGGGGUCAGAAAAUGACAGCGAACGGUAACGGGACAGCGUUCCAACAGACGCAUGACACGAAUGGAGUUCAGAAUGGCAAUAAUCAAGUCACACCAGAGCGCGAAGAAGUUGCGGAAGAGGAAGGUGAUGACAACUCACUGGUCAGCGCAAACUCUAUUCGCGUUGUACCGCUGCCCCCUCCUGUGGCGCCAACCUGUCCCGGCUUUCAACUGCCCUCAACAGGGCCUAUGAAAGGCAUGCCUCACGUACAUCACAUCCCCUCUGAGAUAGUGGCACCGUCCAUACCACCGGUACAGACCCCACCAGAGCUAGAGCCAGCGAAAGACAUGACAAUGGAAGAAUUCAUCUUGGACCUUCAAAAGAAAGGGCGGAGAGGUCUCUGCAGAGAAUACUCAGAAAUCAAGAGUCGGCUACCUGCAGGAACGUUCGACGCUGCCCGAGACAAGAUGAAUCAGAGCAAAAAUCGUUAUACGGACGUUUUGUGUCUCGAUCAUUCCCGAGUAAAGUUGAGCGUGUCGUCCGACGCGGAGAAUUCGGCCGAAGAAGAAUCGACGGAUUAUAUCAAUGCGAAUUACGUCGACGGUUACAAAAUGAGCAAGGCUUUCAUCUCCACGCAAGGGCCGCUCCCGAGAACUUUCGGAGAUUUUUGGAAAAUGAUCUGGGAGGAGAAAUGUGGCGUCAUCGUAAUGACGACGCGCUGCAUAGAACGAACCCGAACAAAGUGCGGCCAAUAUUGGCCCGCAACCGAAGGCGAGGAGCACGAGCACGGUGAAUUCCGUAUUGCCAAUCAGGGCGUCGAAGCUGCUGGAGACUAUCAGGUCACCGAGCUGCAAGUUUGCUUGCGAGAUUGCGAAGAUGACCUCUCGGCUCGUACCAUAUGGCACUUGCAAUUCCUCAGUUGGCCCGACUACGGAGUACCGGAGAGCGCUUUCGCCAUGCUCUCCUUCCGCGAUGUCUGCUUAUUGAAGCAGCGGGAAACGCUCGAAGCACUAAAGAACCGGAUGCUCUGGGACUCUGUCGAACACGGACCGCCGAUUGUCGUGCAUUGCUCCGCUGGGAUCGGUCGAACCGGAACUUUCAUCACGCUGGACACGUGCAUUCGUCGGUUGGAAGCCGAAAGCAUGAUCAACGUCCGCGAAACUGUGGAAAAUAUACGUUCGCAGCGAGCGUUCUCAAUUCAGAUGCCAGACCAAUACGUGUUUUGUCAUCUGGCGCUACUGGAGUAUGCCCUCAUUCAUGGCCAUCUCAAAGAUGUCGAUUUGUCGGGUUUCGACGAUUCCAGCGACGAGAGCACAGAGGAUCAUUGAUCGUCUCCGACAAGGCUUCAGUGUUGAAGAUAUGAUGUGCGGGGUUGAGAAAUCCGUCUCGAGAGGUGGCACGACGAACACUAUCGGAGAGCUACGAAUCUUCCCGUCUCCGACUGACUUCGACGAGAGUCGGUCAACCGGAGAUGAUGUUCUGCCUGUCAAUCCUUCCCGGCUGAGUCCCUCGCAACAUCAUCGAGCUCGUCAUAUUCUGGAGACGAGCUUUGGCGUGGACGACCUUGUCCCGUCUGAUCAAGGGGCAGAAGUUUCGAUGUCAGACGUAUCGAGGAAAGAGAAAUCUAUUUACAACUAUUGUAAUUAAGCGAAUGGCAGGAUGUCGAAAGUCAUUCGAUGGAUCGAGUGGGCGGCUAGGCUUCGAGGCUGAAACUAAAUUUAGGAUUGAAGCGUCGAAUAUAACUUCUCCGUUUGUCCUCCAACACAAUAUUUGUGCGCCGAGGUCAGCUGUGAAAGUCUGUGAUACCUGAAUUCUGGUGGAGGGAAAUCCGACUCACUCAGAAGCCUAACCUCGGAUGCCUCUCAAAGUCGGACUCAGCAAAGGGAUUCUCGAAUGAAGAGAAAUAUCACGAGAGGGCGCCAUAUCGACGAACGUGGGAAGGACAGCGAAUGCGGAAAGGAGAAAGCGUGCGAGAGUCGAAUUCUAAACUCAUGGUCGAGAUUUGUUAGAGAGCCUACGGAGCUGAGAGAAUCGGCGGAGAUGAAUGGUUUGGAUUUGGAUGAACGAUUGAGUUUGCGGACAUGCCAUCUUCAAAUGUACCACUUGAAAAUCCUUAUGGAGAAAGAACCUCUCCUUUGCUGGGAAAGUGAACCCGAAUCUUACAAGAUCUGAAUCGAUGACAAAUCAGACUCCGAGAUCAAAUUCUAGGCGUCGACGAUAAAUCUCAGUCUAGGUAGUACUUGUGAACCCUGCGACAUCGGUGUCCCACCGGUAGAACGAUUCAUCUCAGACGGCGUCUAUCGACGAAUCUUCUAUGGUGAGUAGAAUUACGUCAUUGGGGUCGGAGAGCGAUACGCAUAGCCACCUCGAACAACUGACGAGGUCCACAAAUUUGAGGAUCAUCGAUUCCGAGCCUCUUUUCGUCAGCGACGUCGAUGGAUUCCAUUCCACAUCGCAAAUGUAUAAAAGAGAACUGUGUAUUGCUUGUCGAGUAUAUGAACAUCUCAUAAUUUAUAACUGACUUGGAAGAAGGCGGUCGAAUGGCCAAAUAUCCGCCUUCAUCAUAAUAUGCCUCUAGUCCCUAUCUUUUUGGCUAAAUAAAGUCAUACUCGCAGU